AUGAAAUGGCAAUCAACAUUGUGCUGUAUAAUACUUCUAAUGUGGCCUACCGGAAAUGUAUCAACAGAAACAUUUUUUACUGGAAUCAAUACUUUAGAAAGUCUAGAAACUACAGUGUCAGUACAAGACGAAGAUAUGAGGACAUCGCCUACACCAGAUUUGAAGUCUAGACACUUCCUUGGAAGUCUGAAUAUUGAUGAAUCUUUACUCGAAAUGCAUUCCACUUUAUUUAAUCUUCGAAAUUCACAUGUGAGCACCGUAACGGACCCUGUAGAAGUCACCAGCGAACGAUAUACAGUACAGCACGCAGCUCUACCUAGCGGUGUUCGAGUGAUCCCACAACCACUCGCUGGCUCGGACCACGAAUUGAUGUUCAAUGUAACAUGGGACCCACCGACUGGUCCUCAUGUUCGCGAAUACUCUCUGGAGGUCCACAGCAUGACUGAUACAGUAGACUGCCGUUCUAACUUGUGUUACGAAUCCGACAUUCCAGGGGAAUCGCUUUGGAGUGUAAUCCCAACAUAUGCGAGCCCUGUACAUGAAGGCUGCGCCGUCAGACCAGGCUGUGCAUAUCUAGUGAAGCUAAUUGCACAUCCGUGGGAUGGUCAUACAGUUGCUAAUCUCAACGUAGAGCUUGAUGAAUGCGUGGCUGGGGUGUGUUCCUGCGCCCACUCCCCACGGCUACCUACUCCUAUAGUAUCAGCUAAAACCAUAUCAAUACAUGGUGAACUUUUCGUCAAUAUCACAUGGUCACUACCGACGCCAAGAGAGCCGAAACGACUUCCUCCUAAAUUGAAGAAACUGUUUUAUUUUGUCAGCAUUGGAAAACAAAUGGUUACCGACAGUCAUCUAGCGCCUUGGUUCGCGCAUACCAUAUCCCGUAGAGUCGAUGCGGUGGGUUUCGUCGAUGAAACGGACAGUAGUCGGUGGCAGUUGCUACCGGUAACGGAGCGUAAUAUCGGACGCAAUGAUAGGCGAAGCGAUCACCACAUCGUUCUUGACGUCAAACUGUUAGCGAGAGUCAGUUUGGUUGACGAUCGUGGAUGCGUCGGGCCAGCGGGAAAUGCUACAGCGUAUGACCCGACGGCUGUCUCUUCAAGGUCUCCGGUAGGAGCAUUCGCAUUAUGGGCUGUGUUUGGAGGAGCCUGCGUAUUGGCGAUGGUCGCAGUGCUAGCAAUUAGCGCACGAGCGGUCAAAUCGAUAUUGAACAAAUUCCGCCCCGCUGCCGCCUCUUCUCCGCUGCAACCUUUAGGUCAUCGGCCUCUUUGGUUUGCAUUAUAUCUAAUAAUGAACAGUGAACUACCAUGUCGAGGUCAGAUGGAAGAAAGCCCGCUCUAUGUACAUAAGGAAUUUGAGCCAGAUGAUUACACUGGCUUUGAUCAGUGGGAGGUGAGUCGCUCCCGGGUGCAUCUUGGUGCGCUUAUCGGCAGCGGCGCCUUCGGACGAGUCCACGCCGCUCAGCUCGACAUGACUGGAGGUGAAACAAUCACAGUGGCCGCUAAAAUGUUAUCUGACAAUGCUUCAGAGGAGGAAAUACAAGAUUUCCUUCGUGAGAUAGCUAUGUUAAAGCACGUUGGCUCUCACAAACACGUAAUCAGACUGAUAGCGUGUUGCACUAGAAGGGUACCACUAAUAGCGUUAUUGGAACAUGCUCCGAGAGGAGACCUGCUUACUCUACUACGAGCUGCGAGAGGAAGGAGAAAUAUUGAUGAGCAGAAGUCAAAUGCAAGUGCUCCAGAACGCGGAGUUAACCGACCGUCAGAAGCGGACACGGAGUACACAAACUUGAGCGAUUCGGAUCCGCCCAUGUACGGUAAUUCGAAUGGAAAGUUAUACAUUGAUGCUCCUCAACCAAAAAACAAGGACCAUUACGUUGCUGAACCAGCAUUGCAGCUUGACAGCGCAACUAUGCGCGACUAUGCGCUACAAAUUGCUCUGGGCAUGCAGCACUUAGAAGAACGCGGAAUCACACAUAGGGAUCUUGCAGCCAGAAAUAUCCUAGUCGACGGUGCUGGGGUGCUGAAGGUUGCGGAUUUCGGACUGUCGAGAUCAGGAGUAUACGUUCACACUCGACAGCGCCCUGUGCCAUUGAGAUGGCUUGCUCCAGAGGCUAUUUACAACGCAAAGUAUUGCAGUGCAAGUGACGUUUGGGCUUUCGCUGUUCUUCUUUGGGAGAUCGCUACUUUGGGUGGCUUCCCGUACGCUGAAUUAAGCAACCAAGCAGUGCCCCAUUUUUUAACUGAAGGGGGUCGUCUACCGAAGCCAGCGCGAGCUUCUCCACGACUCUAUCAACUCAUGACCGAAUGUUGGUCAGAAAACCCCCAAGACAGGCCAACAUUUGCCGAAAUCGUGGACAAACUGACUGUCCAACAACAGUUGUAUGUGGAUCUCGAUUGCGUUUUUCCUCCAACCGAGGACAACUUCACAACCCUUAGCGAUUACAACUUCAACCAAACCGACUGAUGUAUUGUUCGGUGUCCUACUUAAAGACUGAAUAUUUUUAUUGUUGUUAUUAUUCCCAUUGUUUUACGUAAUAAAUGUACGUAAAUAAUA